AUGGCUCCAAGUUCUCCAACUGUUGUCAAUGCCGAUAACACCUCCGGUUCAAAGACUGUUGUCCAGUUCAAUCCCGUUGCUCAACUUCCCAUCAAACUUACUGGUAGCCAUAACUUUUCACUAUGGAAGGCUCAGGUGUCCAUGCUUAUGUGUGGGCACAAUCUCUUUGGUCACCUUGAUGGAUCGAAACCAACCCCCUCUCAGACUAUCUCUGCAAAUAACCAAGAAGUACCCAAUCCUGAUUUUCUUGCUUGGUUUCAGCAAGAUCAGCUCAUACAAAAUGCUGUAUUGGCAUCUGUAGACUCAACAAUUGCUAGUACAGUUGCUUCUGCUGCCAAUGCCAAAAUGGCUUGGGAUGCACUGCAUAUUGCUUAUGCAAACAAGUCCCAAACUCAUACCUUUAGUCUUCGAGACUGUCUAGACCGCCUUUCCAAGGACUCUCUCCCUAUUGCAGAUUAUCUUCAUCAAGUUCGCACACUAUGUGAUGAACUUGCCACUGCUGGAUCCCUCGUUUUCAAUGAAGAAUUGGUUGUCAAGAUUCUUACUGGACUUGGAUCUGAAUUCCGACACCUUUCCGCUGCUAUCCGAGCUCGAGAUUCAACAAUCUCAUACGAAAAACUAUAUGAAAAGCUCCUUGAUCAUGAGUUUUUUCUUCAUCAUGAGGAAGCCAAAAGGACUCCUUCUGCUCCAAUAACUGUUGAUAUUGCUCAGGGGACUGCGUCAACUCCUACACGCCAGGGAUCCAACAACAAUCGGCGAUCAAAUGCACCCAACAACAACAAUCUCAAUCAACAAAGUCGCAAUCAAGCAUGGCGCAAUAAUCAGCAGCCCAGGCGCAACAAUCAACAACAACAGCCUCCCAACAACAGCAUUUACUGCCAACUUUGUGAUGGUAGAGUACAUACAGCUCAUGUAUGUCGGACACGGUCUCACAAUCAUUUUCAAGCUCCCGCUAAUUAUGCUGCAAGCUUCCAAAAUCAGCAAGCUCCGUGGAUCGUUGACAGUGGUGCAACACAUCAUAUUGCCUCGGACACUCAAAGUCUAGCCACUAUGCAAGACUACCAUGGUUCGGAAGAUAUAGUCAUGGGCAAUGGUAAUACCAUUCCAAUCUCCUAUACUGGAUCUGACUACGGGGGCACCAUCGGUUCGCGGAUGGACUACGAAUGGGCUGUAUGA